GAAACAUCCCUCUCUCUCUCUCUCUCUCUUCUCUCCAGUUUCUUCCUUCCUCUCACACACACUCUCUCUCUCUCUCAUGCUGAAUCUUGGAUCAUUCUCCUUUUUCGUGCUUUUGGAUCGAAGAAGAAAUCGCCCUGUUGAUUUUUAACUGGAGUUGUUUCGCGUUUCUGAUCCGCCCGAGAAUUUUGUCCCGAUGGCGAUCAAGGAGGAGACCGAGGAGAGUUGCGGAAGCAGAGCCGUCGUGGCUUCUGUGUCCAAGGAAAACCCUAGGCAACAUCGUAUGAAACUCGAGGUGUACGGAGAGGUUCUACAGCGAAUUCAGGAAUCGAAUUACGAAGAAGCUAAUCUCCCUGAUUUCGAUGAUCAGCUCUGGCUCCAUUUCAAUCGUCUUCCCGCUCGAUAUGCUCUGGAUGUAAAUGUUGAGAGAGCAGAAGAUGUUCUCACUCAUCAAAAAUUGCUGAAAUUGGCCGAAGAUCCUGCAACUAGACCCGUCUUUGAAGUUCGUUGUGUACAGGUUUCCCCUACAUUUAAUGGACAUUCUGCUGACGCUGAUCCUUCAGAUCCCGCCGUGAAGGAAGAUGCUCAAAGCUCAUACCACUCGACCAGGGUUCUUGCACCUCCAACUUUUGGUUCUUCUCCGAAUUUUGAGGCUCUUACACAAGCCUACAAACAUCAUGCUGAAGACGAUGAUAGUGCGGUCAAUCCAGAGUUGCCUAAUUCUCGACCUAUGCAUGAAAUCACCUUUUCAACCAUCGACAAGCCGAAACUCCUUAGUCAGUUAACUUCCAUGCUUGGUGAACUUGGAUUGAAUAUUCAAGAGGCUCAUGCUUUCUCUACGGCUGAUGGUUACUCUUUGGAUGUCUUUGUUGUUGAUGGUUGGUCGCAGGAGGAGACAGAAGGUUUAAAAGAUGCGUUGAGGAAGGAGAUACGGAAGCUUAAGGAUCAACCUAUUUCAAAGCAGAAAUCUAUUACUUUCUUUGAGCAUGACAAAUCAACCAACGAGCUGGUACCUGCUUGUGUUGAAAUACCUACGGAUGGAACGGAUGAGUGGGAAAUUGAAAUGAAACAGCUCAAGAUUGAAAAGAAAGUGGCAUGUGGAUCAUAUGGGGAACUGUAUAGAGGAACCUAUUGCAGUCAGGAAGUAGCUAUCAAAAUUCUGAAGCCUGAGCGUGUAAAUGCUGAAAUGCUCCGUGAGUUUUCUCAGGAAGUGUAUAUAAUGAGGAAAGUACGUCAUAAAAAUGUUGUCCAAUUUAUCGGAGCAUGCACACGGUCACCAAACCUCUGCAUUGUGACGGAGUUCAUGGCUCGGGGGAGCAUUUAUGAUUUUCUUCACAAACAGAAAGGCGUUUUUAAACUUCAAUCUUUGCUCAAAGUGGCCCUAGACGUCUCGAAAGGAAUGAACUAUUUGCAUCAAAACAAUAUUAUUCACAGAGACCUUAAGACUGCUAAUCUUCUUAUGGACGAACAUGAAGUUGUGAAGGUUGCUGAUUUUGGGGUUGCCAGAGUGCAGACUCAGUCAGGGGUCAUGACAGCUGAAACAGGAACCUACCGAUGGAUGGCACCAGAGGUUAUUGAGCACAAACCGUAUGAUUACAGGGCAGAUGUCUUCAGUUACGCGAUUGUGCUAUGGGAACUUUUGACUGGGGAGCUCCCAUAUUCUUACCUGACUCCACUACAAGCAGCUGUUGGUGUUGUCCAAAAGGGACUUCGACCGAAAAUUCCGAAGCAAACACACCCAAAACUGACUGAACUUCUUGAGAAAUGCUGGCAACAAGACCCAGCUCAGAGACCGAAUUUUGCAGAAAUCAUAGAAAUGCUUAAGCAACUACUCCAAGAGGUAACUGCUACCAGAACCGGGCCUGGGUAGAGACCCAUGAAGCAUGUGGAGAUUAAUAAGUUUAGAAAGUUGUUAGGGGCCAAUUUGUGAAAAGAUGAGUUAGCUCAUGGUUUAGGAGGUGGAUUUAAUUACUCAAAAGUUCAAGUCUAUGAGGCUAUGUUUUGUGUUUUUUUUGUUCUUUAUCAUUUGCUUUAAUUGACCUUUUGACACGAGAAUCAAUGAGGGAGCUAUGAGUUUUCGUUGUCA